UUUUGAGUCUACUUUGCCGACCGUAUUUCUUUGUUUUGACAGCUAACACAACUUCGUUUGACAACGAUCGGCGCUUCGCAAGUCAUCGGCAAAAUUUUGGCCAACCAAAAGUGACAAAGCAUCAGUGAAGAUUUUAAAAUGUUCCGCAACCAGUACGACAGUGACGUCACGGUAUGGAGCCCCCAGGGUCGCCUUCACCAGGUGGAGUACGCCAUGGAAGCGGUAAAGCUGGGCUCCGCCACGGUCGGUCUCAAGAACAAGGACUACGCCGUCCUGAUUGCUCUGAAGCGUGCGUCGUCGGAACUUUCCAGCUAUCAGAAGAAAAUCAUCUCGAUCGAUGACCAUUUGGGAAUUUCGAUCGCCGGAAUCACGGCCGAUGCCCGAAUUCUCAGUCGGUACAUGCGCCAGGAGUGUCUGAAUUACAAGUACUCGUACGAUGAUCACUAUCCGGUGGGACGACUGAUUGCCAAUGUGGGCAACAAGAUGCAGGUCUGCACUCAGCGGUACGAUCGCCGUCCCUACGGAGUGGGGCUGCUGGUGGCCGGCUAUGACGAUCAGGGCCCGCACAUCUACCAGACCUGCCCGAGCGCCAACUUUUUCGACUGCAAGGCCAUGUCCAUUGGCUCGAGGUCGCAGAGUGCCAGGACGUACCUGGAGAAGCAUUUGAACGAGUUCCCCGACUGCAGCAAGGAGGAACUGAUCCGCCACGGAGUGCAGGCUCUGCAGGACACGCUGCCCAACGAAGUCGAGCUGAACAAUAAGAACAUUUCCAUCGCGAUCGUCGGAAAGGACGAAAAGUUCCGCAUCUUGGAGGAGCACGAGAAUGCCCAGUAUCUGACAAACAUCGUACGUCGCGGCGGUGGAGGUGCCGCUGGUCAAGCAGCUCCCAGUGGUGGCCAGCCGCCGGCGGACGAUGACCAGCCGCAACCCCCAAACGAUCCGACCCCAGCCGUGGCGAUGGAAAGCUAAAGCGGAGUGCCUCGGAGGAAACGCUGAACGAUGAGCCUGGCGGUGGUGAUGACCUCGGUUGGGGCUAUUCCGGUUUGUCUAAGUCGUUUCUAGGGAGUCAUCCCGUCGAUUGUCCCUUUUUUGGUUUAACCUGGAGGAACAUUUAUUGGGUGGGAGUUUGA